AUGAUUCCAUCUUUUGAUAAAUGGAAAAAGAUUAAUGAUCUCCCUCCAAUUGUUGAUGAGAUUGAUUUUUUUGAAGUUAAAGAAUAGAAGAAGGAUAUUUAUAAAUAUUAAGCAGGUAAAUUUUAAUUUAAGAGAAAGUUGAAAAUAUAUUAAUAUUUCUUGAUUUAAAGGAAUUAGGUAUCUAGGAAUUGUUAACAGAAAUCAUAGACACGUCAUAAAUUAUUGGAUAAUUCAUGGAGAAAAUAUCCUAAAAAUAUCUUGCAUCAUUUGAUACUAAUAAAGUGUAGAUGGUUUAUGAUGGAUAUAUUUUGAACAAAGAAAAAAGAUUCAAUAAUUAAGAUAUUAAAAACAAUUCAAUCUUGAAAUUCAUAAAUAUGAAUUAUAUAUAUCCUCCAAAAUGGGAAAUCUUUAUUAAAACAUUGACUGGGAAAACAAUAACUUUAGAUAUGGAAGGUUUGAACAUGAAGGUUGCUGAUAUUAAAGAGAAAAUAAGAAAUAAAGAAGGUAUACCCCCAAAUUAAUAAAGAAUUAUUUUUCAAGGGAAAGCAUUAGAGGAUGAAACUCUAAUUUUUUAAUACAAUAUACACCCUGAAAGUACUUUGCAUCUAGUAUUGAAAUUACAUGGGGGUUGUUUUCCUGAAUAUGCUCCAAUAAAACUUUUUAAUGGAACUACAAAAAUAAUAAAAGAUAUUGAAUUGGGUGACAUUGUUAUGUGUUAUGAUUUUGAAUAAAAACAAUUCAAAUAGUCUAUUGUUAUGUUUAAGAAAAUAUCAACUGAUAAAUAAAAAUUAAUUGAGAUUAUUAGUCAGAAUGGUAGAAUUUUUUGUACUCCAAAUCAUCCUGUUUACACUUAAACUGGAUGGAAGGCAUUAUAACCACAUCCAAAUUUUUGUAUUGAAAAAUUAAGUGAAAGUGAUCUUCUAUUUGAUUCUAAUGGAUAAUUUGUUAAUAUUGUUUAAAUCAAUGAAGUAAGAGAAACAGAACUUGUUUAUAAUAUUACAACAUAAUAUCCAAAUAAUUUUAUUGCUUAUGACAUUUUAGUACACAAUAUGAAUAAAAUAUACAUUGAAAUUGAAAAUUAAAGAGAAGAAUUUCAAGUAUUACCACAUUUUUUAAUUCAAAACAUAAAAUUACUAAUCGAAAAGAAGAAAGGUAUACCUGUUUCAUCAUAACAAUUAUAUUAUAAAGGUAUAUUAAUGAGUGACAAUUAUGCAUUAGAAGAUUAUCAUCUUAGAUUUGAUGGAACUGAGCCUGAUGUUUUGAUAUUAAAAGGAAUUAUAUAAUCUUAAGGGGACAAAUAAAUCAUUAAUUAAAAUACUAAUAAUAAAAAUGAUAUUUCAAUAAUAGCAAAGAACUAGUCAUAUCUAUUAACAGUUAAUAAGAAUUAAUAUUUAGGAAAUAUUAGAGAACUUUUAGAGACUUUGGAAUCUAAAUAAUAUAUUGAAACAUCAUUAAUAUUAUGUAACGGAAAACCUUUAAUUUCUUAUGAUGCUACUACACCACUAACAGAUGUUUAAAGUAUUUUCUUUAUUGAUAAACAUUCUGGAGGACUUCCAAUAAAAUUUACUAUAGAGAUAUAUAAUUAGUAACUUGAUAACUUAUCAUAACUUAAAGAUUCUUUAUAAUUUUUGGGUAAUUCUUAAAUUAAUGAAUUUAUUUAAACAAAUCUGGAAGACAUAAAUAAUAACUAAUCAAAGAGAUAAAUUUAUUAAUAAAUUCCUCUUCAUAGCAUUAUUGCUAUCAGAUUAUAUACAAGCAAUUUAAUCUAUCAAAAGUUAAAUAAUGAUCUAAGAACAUCAGAUUAUCAAAGUUGGAAGAAAUAUUUAAAAUGUUUAAUGGAAGGAUUUCGACAUUUGAAAUAUUAUAAAGGUGUUGCAUAUCGAGGAAUAAAAAAUUAUUAAAAUACUAAAAUAUAUCAAAAGGGAAAAACUGUAUAAUGGAAUGAGGUUAGUAGUGUUUCUUUAAAUUAGAAAGUUGCUUAAAAUUUUAGUAAUAAUAAAGGAAUGAUUUUUAAUGUUGAACUUAUAAGUGCCAAAGAUAUAUCCAAUAUUUCUCUUUAUUAAGGAGAAGAAGAGGUAAUAAUGUAUCCCUUUUCAACUUUUGUAAUUGAUAAAAUUCAUGUUAAUCCCAAUUAACCUCAUAUUGUAACUAUGAGAGAAUUACCAUUACCAAGAUCAGAGAAUGUGUUACUUUGGGUAGAUGAUAAUCCUGAAAAUAAUUAUGGCUAUGCUGAAGAAAUAGAAAGGUAAAAUAACAAAAUUUCAAUUAUAUUCUGUACUUCAACUAAAGAUGCAAUUCAAAUUAUCCAAAAAUAUAAAUGGCUCAUAUAUUUGGCUUAAUCUUAAUUUAGAGUAGUUAGUGAUAUGGUAAGAAUAGAAGAAGGAAAAACAAAUUAUAAUGCAGGUAUAGAUUUAUUAUGUCAUUUAUAUUAACAAAUGAAGUACAAAAAUCAUACUCUUAUUUUUUGCGGAGAUUAGUAGAGAGCUUAAGGAGAAUGUAAAAAGCGAAAUCUUCAAGGAAAUUUUGAAGUUACAAAUAAUGUACAAGUGUUGAAGAAGUUUCUUUAAUUUAAUUGA